AUGGCUGAAAAACGCCGACUCUCCGCACGCGACCGUCGCGAACCCGCCGCCAAAAGACGAGUCUCCGAAGCGACGCCGCAACCGCAAUCCCAAGCGACGUCCAAAAAGAAGGCUUCAACUCCGGCCGCUGUCCCCUCGCCUCCUCCGCCUCCUACACCGGAAGUUGUCGAGAAACCGUUGCCUACGAAGCUGAAAGAUGGAGAAGGCCUCCCCAUAACCGACUCGCCGCAACCCCAGAAUCUCUCCCCGAAUGAGUACCAGUCGAUAGCCGAAAGUGCCGUCCUACUUGCCUCCUUGGAACGAUCGAAGAAGAAAUGGCUCAGCGACGGCAUUCUCGUGCGAUACUGGACCAAACCCAAGAAGACGAAACGGGAGCAGAUCGAAGGCAAAAACCCACCCAAGGAUACCAUGUCCAAGGUUGGCGCUUGCAGCAUUGUGGUCGGCCCUCAUCUAUUUGAUGCCAUGCUCUACACCGUCAAAGAUCCUAAUGCGCCGCCACCGAUUCAAUACACCCCUCCACAACGACCGAUGGUCCAUUAUGGCCACUCCAACAACUUCCAGCAGUACCACCAUCCCUAUCCGCAUCCACAUCCUUCUCAGCACGCUCGACAACAUCCGCAGCAUUCUCCCGCCAAUGCCCCCUCGCCUCAACCUGGUUAUCACCCAGGUCAAGCGACACCCUCACACCAAGCUCGGACCCCAAGCCACCCUCAACGCACGCCGUCCGGUCCUCAGUCCGCCCAACGUCCAUCUCCAGCACAGCCCAACCAGCCGCCUCAGCCGGCAAAACCCAGCCCUGAUCCAGUGAUUCAGAUGCUCGCUACGCGUGCUGCUUCAGACCCGGAACUGAAGGCUUUGAUGAGAGUGGUGGCGUCGAGCAAAGCAUCGCAAGAACAGCUUCGAGCAUUUCAAGCCCAUAUUGAUGAGCUUAAUGCGAUUAUCCGGGCGAGGGAACAGCACCAGUUGAGGCAGCAGCAGCAGCAGCAGCAGCAACAACAACAACAACAGCAAGGUCAGUCCUCGACGCCUCAGACUCAGGCGUCUCGGACACCCCAACAAGCACAGCAUGUGGCACCGCCUCAAUCAGCGCCGUCACAAAGACCUCCUCAACCACCGGCACAGCCCGGCAAACAGGAGAGUCAGCCACAGCAAAAGACCACGACAACACCCAAACCCCAGCAGCCGCCACAGACGCCCCAGCAACCGCAAACCAGUGAACAGCGAUUUCCUCGAGUGGAGGUGCAAGUCCCAAAGCCGUCGCCAUCUCUUGUCUCAACUCCGCAACCGUCGACUCCCAACCCCACGGUACAAGUCCAAGUUCCACCGCCUCAGAAGCCCAACACCACUCCCCAGGUCAAACAAGAGCCUGGAGCAACCCCGAGCCAACCUUCACAUCCACCUCCGGCCGCAGGACCUCCAUCCAGCUCUAAGCCCGCGAGCCCAGCGGUGCAGCCUAUGCCACCCCCACAACAACCCCCGGUGGCAUCGCCACGACCAGGGCCCCCAUACCCCCCUUAUCAACAGGGGCCGUACCAAGGACAGCAGCCUGCUCUACAGUCUCGGCCCCCGCAAUAUGGGUCCCCGGCGUCACAUUAUCGCCAGGCUCCUCCGCCGCCGCCAAGACAGAACUACAAGUCGGUCGUUUUUGAGUUUACGUCACCCUUGACACCGUAUGGAAGUAGUACUUCUGGCCACGCCGGCUCCGGUGAUCGAUACUUAUUCCCUGAGUAUUCUAUUUUGGAGUGGCUGCCUGGUGGCAACACCGUCCUGGCGUCGUUCUUGUUGGUAAGAAAGGUGGACCUCAACACACCAUUCCCUAUCGAAACUGGGUCGGAGACGGGCAACUCGCGAGCAAAGGGCAAGUCAUCCAAGUCAAAGAAGGCGGACAAAAGCAAGGGUAAAAAUGCCGAGAGCGAAAAGGGGAAGGACACUACCGCAAACCAGAGCAGCACUCCAGCAACCGACGCGAAGGAAAACGCUACACAAGCCACUCCAGCUGGCGGACCGGCGGAAAAAUCCGAUGACAAAGCCGCAGCAGCAUCGGGCAAACAGGCCAACAAAGACGCGUCCACGGAUAAACCAGAAGAUGCAAAGAAAGCCGACAACCUCAAGGAGUACUACCAACCGGUGACUUUCCGCAUCCACAGCACCAACCCCAAGGUCCUCGAACCUCUUGGUCGAGUCGUGAAACCCCCUGAUGAGGUCCGCAAAUACAUGAACGAAAUCAUGGACCGCGCCGAGCGCGCGCCAGAUGGGUUUCUCGCCUUCCGUCUUCCGCGAGAGGAACCAGAUGAACCCGAGGCCGAGGACAGUUAUAUCAAGAAAGGAGGCACGCCAGUUCCUACUGUUCGCAGUCGGCUUUCGAAGAGCAAGACCGUGGACAACGAGGAGUCGGAUAUCGAGAAUCGUGAGAAUCCGGCCGAGGACGAGGAGGAAGAGGAGCUGCUGGAUUAUUAUGGGCCGCCUAUGGGGCUUGUGCCGAUGGGGGUAUAA